AGAGAGUUUACCCCAUGUCGUACAAGUUAUCACCAUGAUCAGAGCUUCACUUACAAGUUAGUUGGAUACUCCCCUUACACAAGAAGCAUAAGAAGUACUGGCAGAAUUAGGAAAUGAACCCCUUGAACUUGUCAUUGCUUGAUGGUUCAGAUUUAAUUAUUGUUAAGAAGAGAUAAAUGUUACUGAAGUUUUUAAUCUUGCACUCAGCACAAAUGCAAGAAUGUCAAAUUUCAAGCAAUCACAAAAGGAUACUGCUUGGUUGUCAAGUUAGCAUGGAUUAACCAACACAUUCUCAACUGCAGCAUGAAUUUGCAAAAUCCAAUAUAAAUAUCUACCAUUAGACACGAUUCUGAAAUUGGACAGAAUUUGCUAAACAAUCCUGGGUGUGCUAAUAGCUACACUAAACACCUUCCGAUAAACAUUGCAGCUUGUAACAUGGCUGGUUUAUAGUUUCUAGAAGCAAUGGACAUUUUCACGUGUGAACCAUUCUCUACAAACAGAAAGAGACAUUCUAGCCUUGUACAUUUGCUGAAUUACCCUGGAGCUUGGGUGUCCUAUGUUGUGAUCAUUUGAAAUUUGGCAUUCUUGUAUUUGUGCAACAUCCUUCAUUUUGGUCAUCCACUGUGUUUUGGCACACACAUUUACCUUAUCUUUAGCUUUACAUACAGUUGUAUGCACCUUGAUUGAAAUACUAAUAAUUGAUAAUAUUAAUCAAAGGCUUCCAGGAUUUUCUGACCAUGUAAUUAAGUUGCACAGCAAUCAUUUUUUCAAAUAAUACAGGUAAUAUGUGAGGCAAGAAAUUACACCAUUCUGGCCGAAAGUGCAUCCUUUGCAAAUUGGUUAUAAAUAGUUGUGCUACAUCUCACAUAUUGGAAACAUCGAAAGGUAGGAAAUAGUUCAUUUAAAUUAGGCUCCUGCUCAUCUUGCAUGAUCAAUGCUUGAUUUUCAAAUUGCCCAGCGGUCAAUGUGUGGACUUGCAUAUCCCAAUUUGACCCUAACCAACAGAAAGAUUCAGGCUUACUUGAACAUGAAACAUGGAGAUUUGUCAUUCUUCUUGAUCCCAGAGUAAAAGACUAUGUGCUGCUCAACUUUGCUCCUGGCCUCCAUUCCUAGUAUGACAGAGAGAUUGGGGUUAUAAUGAAGGUCAACAAUCUAGAUGACAUUACACAGGGGAUAAGUUGUUAUUCAUGAGAAAGUGAAAAUAAUAUUAUGAAGGUAAGAUAAGGAAUAUUACUUUUCCAUUGUGACUGACACUUAUCCAGUGAUAAGACUAAUGACGAAUGGAAUUAUUUACUGUGGAAGAUAAGCUCAGUGUAUAAAAGUGAGAGUUGAUGCUGACAACUCACCAGCUGCAAAAUGGCAAAGCUUUUACUUGGAACAGCAUUGGUCUUGUUGGCAUGCCUGGAACUGGGCUCUGCCUACAGGCUGGUUUGUUACUUUACAAACUGGGCUCAGUACAGACCAGGAGCAGGGAAGUACAAGCCAGAGAAUGUGGACCCUUGCUUGUGCACACAUCUGAUCUAUGCUUUCGCUGGAAUGAAGGACAAUCAAAUCUCCACCUAUGAAUGGAAUGAUGCAACCCUUUACCACUCAUUCAACGGCCUUAAAAACAAAAAUGGAAACCUUAAGACACUCCUGUCCAUUGGAGGCUGGAACUUUGGAACUCAGAAAUUCACUGCCAUGGUUUCCUCAUCAGGAACUCGCCAAGUUUUCAUUAAGUCUGUGAUUAGUUUCCUGCGCGGUUAUGGGUUUGAUGGUUUGGAUAUUGAUUGGGAAUAUCCUGGAUCAAGAGGCAGCCCCCCACAAGACAAACAUCUCUACACCGUGUUAGUGCAGGAACUGAUGGCAGCCUUUGAAGCUGAGGGGAAAAGCACAGGCAGACCAAGACUGCUGCUCUCUGCUGCAGUUGCUGGUGGGAAGAGUAACAUUGAUUCUGGCUAUGAGGUUGCUCAGCUUGGAAAAGUUAUUGACUUUUUCAAUGUGAUGACAUACGAUUUCUUUGGACCCUGGAGCCAUACCACUGGAGAAAACAGCCCUCUUUAUGCUCUCUCUAAUUCCCAAAGUGCUCUCAACUUGGAGUUUAAUGUGAACUAUGCAAUGAAUUAUUGGAAAGACAAUGGAGCACCUGCAGAGAAACUGAAUGUUGGAUUCCCUACAUAUGGCCACACCUUCAGACUGACCUCAUCUGACACUGGAGUUGGAGCCCCAGCAUCAGGUGCUGGACCAGCUGGGCAGUACACCAGACAAGCUGGAUUCUUGGCAUAUUAUGAGAUCUGCACAUUUUUGCAAAGUGCCACCAUGAAAUGGGAUGCUUCACAGAUGGUUCCAUAUGCCUAUAAAGGAAAUGAAUGGGUUGGAUAUGACAACGUGCAAAGCUUUAAGGACAAGAUUGAGUGGCUGAAAAAGAACAAUUAUGGAGGAGUUAUGGUCUGGGAUCUUGCUCUGGAUGACUUCUCCGGUGCUUUCUGCAACCAGGGACCUUAUCCUCUCAUCAACACCCUGCACACAGGGCUUGGAAUCUCUGCGGCCUGUGUCCCAUCUAAAACAACACUGCGACCAGCUGUUCCUCCUACCCAGGCUCCUAGUGGUGGUGGCAGCAGUGGUGGUGGUGGCAGCAGUGGUAGUGGUGGAAGUGGGUUCUGUGCUGGCAAAGCAAAUGGUGUCUACAUUGAUCCAAAAGACAAGAACAAAUUUUACCAGUGUGUAAAUGGAGUGACCUACCUGAAGAAUUGUGCUGUUGGAUUAGUCUUUGAUCCUUCUUGUGACUGUUGCAACUGGCCUUAAGUAGAAGGUUUGCCAUUUAUCUUCGUUGAGCACCAGUGAAGCUGUAACAGGUCUUCAGUUUAAUUACUGAAGUGACACAGCUUUGUAAAUAAUGUCAACUAAUGUACCACAUCUAACUUGUCUCAACUGAAGAUAUAAAUUGCAGUUUAAACAGCAAAAUAAAAUCAUUAAG